UCAAAACAUCAUCUUAUCAAUCUAUACAUAUAUCUGUGUCUGGUGCUUCUUCCUUAUCGAAACUAAAAAUAAAUAGGUUUUAUGCAAUUAAAGCGAAUUAAAAGAUGAUGGGUAACCACACAGACACCGGAAACUUUGGCCACCUGGGAAUCACGACGGCAGAGAUGGAGUCCCUAGGUAGCUUCUGCGAAGCCGUCUUGCCUCCAGUGUCGCCGCCUGAAGAAUAUUCCGCCGGAGAUGAUCACUGCCGGAACAAAGAGGCACUCCGAUCAUUUUUCUCCACUUCUGGGUCUCGAACUCCUGUCGUUCGCGAGAGCAUUGAGUUGAUCACUAAACGAGGGACAGUAGAAACUUACCUUGUAACGAGAUUGGUUCUGUUCUUGCUUGCUACGCGGCUAGGGACGUUACUCAUUUGUGGAACCGAAUGUUUGGUCUCGAGAUGGCCUUUCGUCGAGAAAUUCAGUGAGCUCUCGUUGGAGAAGAGGGAAAGAGUACUUCAGAAACAAUUCAGAAACUGGAUCUUAACUCCUAUUAGAGCUGCCUUUGUCUACAUCAAAGUCGCCUUUCUCUUCUGUUUCUUCUCCUGGGUGAGUCCAAAUGGCGAAAACCCUGCAUGGGAAGCCAUAGGUUACAACGUGAACACCAAUGAGAACAAACCUUCCGAAACACACAGAGAAAGACCUCUUGAAAAAGGGAUGGUGGAGACCAUGCAAGAAACAGAGCAAACUCUCCUCGAAUCACUUGCUCAAAUGGGCCUAGAAGCGGAAACAGACCACGAUACGAUCAGAAUCAAAUGCGAUGCUGUCGUGGUCGGAUCUGGUUCAGGAGGAGGCGUGGCUGCUUCUGUUCUAGCAAAAGCUGGUCUGAAAGUAGUUGUUAUGGAGAAAGGAAGCUACUAUACGCCGUCUACUUAUCCUUCUACCGAAGGUCCUGGCAUGGACAAACUGUAUGAAAAUGGAGGGAUCCUCCCUACCAUUGACGGGAACAUGAUGGUGCUCGCUGGUGCAACAGUAGGCGGUGGAUCCGCUGUGAACUGGUCUGCGUGUAUCAAAACGCCGAAGUCGGUUCUUCAAGAAUGGUCGGAGGAUCGAAACAUCCCUCUUUACGCCACCAAAGAAUAUGUUUCAGCUAUGGAACUAGUGUGGGAGAGGAUGGGCGUCACGGAGACAUGUGAACUGGAGGGUUUUCAGAACCAGGUUCUUAGGAAAGGUUGCGAAAAUCUCGGGAUCAAUGUCGAAAACGUUGCCCGUAACUCCUCGGAGAGGCAUUAUUGUGGGUCGUGCGGGUAUGGAUGCAGACAAGGAGACAAGAAAGGAAGCGACCGGACUUGGCUUGUCGACGCUGUGAGCCACGGAGCUGUUAUUUUAACGGGGUGUAAAGCGGAGAGAUUUAUACUUGAAAACAACGGUAAUAACGUAGGACGCAAGAAAAUGAAUUGUUUAGGAGUGAUUGCGAAAUCUUUAAACGGAAACAUAGCGAAGAAAAUAAAGAUCGAAGCUAGAGUAACAAUUUCAGCGUCUGGUUCACUUUUAACACCUCCUUUGAUGAUCAAAAGCGGGUUGAAAAACCGACACAUUGGUAAAAACCUUCACCUACACCCUGUCCUAAUGACGUGGGGUUACUUCCCGGACAAGGCAUCUUCUAGUUUCUACUUCAAGGGAAAGUCUUACGAAGGCGGGAUUAUAACAUCAAUGAGCAAAGUGUUGUCAGAAGAUUCAGAAGUUAGAGCCAUCAUAGAGACGCCAGCACUAGGACCAGCCUCAUUCUCGGUGCUAUGUCCUUGGACCUCAGGGCUUGACAUGAAGAAGAGAAUGUCAAGAUACUCAAGAACCGCGAAUCUCAUAACGAUAGUUAGAGAUCGCGGUUCAGGAGAGGUGAGAACCGAAGGCAGGAUAAGCUACGUUGUUGAUAAAGUAGAUAGAGAGAAUAUCACAGCCGGGCUUAGGCAGUCGUUGAGGAUACUCAUAGCAGCUGGAGCAGAGGAAGUGGGAACUCAUAGAAGCGACGGGCAGAAACUGAUAUGCAAAGGGGUUGAUGAGAAGUCGAUCGACGAGUUUUUGGACUCGGUGAGUGCAGAGGAAGGGCCAAAGGCGAUGACCGAGAACUGGAGUGUGUAUAGCUCAGCUCAUCAGAUGGGAAGCUGUAGAAUUGGAGUGGAUGAAGAUGAAGGAGCAAUAGAUCUUAAUGGAGAGAGUUGGGAAGCUGAUAAGUUGUUUGUGUGCGAUGGAAGUGUGUUGCCAAGUGCGGUUGGUGUUAAUCCUAUGAUUACAAUUAUGUCUACGGCUUAUUGUAUCGCCACAAGAAUUGUUAAAUCCAUGACCACAGGUUAAUUCUUUGAAGGAAAUGAUUUCAAUUUCCUAUAUCAACUCUGCAUUAAAAAUUUCUUGUAGGUCUGUGUAGUGUGAUUUAUUAUUAUUAUUUG